UGUGGCUUCGGUAACCAGAGACAAUCCUGGAAUGAGGGAAGAAACCUUUGAGAGUCAAACAGUAGCAAGAAGGCAGGAUGAAAACCAGGGUGGGGAGAAACCAUAUAAAUGUCUGGAGUGUGGGAAGACCUUUUCUGAGAAAUCCAGCCACAAGAGACAUCAAACAGUUCAUUCUGAAGAGAAGCCAUACGAGUGCUUGGAGUGUGGGAAGACCUUCAGGUGGAGCACAAACCUCACUUCCCAUCAAAGAACCCACACAGGGGAAAAACCGUAUGUGUGUUCAGUGUGUGGAAAGAGCUUCAGUCACAACAGAAAACUUACUUACCAUCUCCAAGUGCACACUGGGGAGAAGCCGUAUAAAUGUUUGGAGUGUGGCAAGAACUUUGGAAAGAAGGACCACCUGGCUGCCCAUCAGAGAGUGCACACGGGGGAAAAACCAUACACAUGUUCUGAGUGUGGGAAGAACUUCAGGUGGAGCACUGAUCUGACUUCGCAUCAGAGAAUCCACACAGGAGAGAAACCGUACACAUGCCCAGAAUGUGGGAAGAGCUUCAGCCGGCGCACAACUCUGACUUUGCACCAAGUAAUGCACACAAGAGAGAAACUGUAUCAGUCCUUAGAGCGUGAGAAGAGCUUCAGCCACAGCUCAAGCCUUCCUCCCCAUCAAAAAAUCCACAUGGGGGAGAAACCUCAUAAAUGCCCAGCGUGUGGCAAGGAUUUCCGGAAAAAGGACCACCUCACAUCACAUCUAAGAAUCCACACUGGGGAGAAACCUUAUACGUGCCUGGUGUGUGGGAAGAGCUUCAACCGGAAUGGUACCCUGACUUUGCAUAACAGAAUCCACACAGGGGAGAAACCGUACCAAUGCUCCGAGUGUGGAAAGAGCUUUAAUCAGAAAGUAAACCUUACUUCCCAUCAAAGAAUCCACAUGGGAGAGGAACCGUUUGCAUCUAACCAGUCUCCUCUGAUCUUACGCCAGCUGUUGGACAAGACUAUGUACUUCCAAACUGCUACAGAACCAAGCAUGAUGCAAACUGAAUACCCAGCUGGAACCUUGUAAAGCUGCCAGCGGAGGAAAGAGCUCCUGUUGGUUCAAGGAAGCUAGCUAAGCCACGCUGCAUAGGGG